GUUCGACUCCAGUACACUCAAGCGCUUUAAGCCAUUCAAGCUCAAAAUAAUAAAAUGAUGAACAGGUCCUACACAAGGAUGCAUAACAGGGAUUAUGGAAGUGUGGGGCCCUCAGCCAGGCCUAAGAGCUCGCUCAAAGCGUUCAAUGAGAAAGUCCUGAUCGAUAUGUCCAUGGUCAGAAAAGCCCAGAGCAAUAAGUUCAAUUUCAGCUUUUCAAAGUCUAAAAUUGAGAAACAAAUGGAGAAGGAACUUGAGAAAUGAGGAGCUUUUAAGCACAAAAUGAUCCUUGUCGGCAAGACUAAGAAAAUUGAGACUAGUGAUAAGAACGAGAAUGAGAAAAGACUAACUAAGCGGAAUUUUUAUUCAAAUCUUUAUAAACGUGAUGUCAAGUCUCAGUCAAAAGCUGCUAAUCGAAGGAUGAUUUCGACGAAAUAACAAGGAUUUGGUGGAAGUGUUCGCAAAUGAUGAUUUUGUGACUCCUGUAUCUCAAAACACAUUCUUGAAUAAAUUCUCAAAGGCUCCUGAAUCAGUAGAGUGCCUAGAUUUUGCAACAGGAUGAGUGCCUAAUCUGCCAACAAGAGCGAUUAAAAGUAUCUGGAAUUAACA